GGUAGGUUGGGUAACACUAGUCUUCAAGUUCGAUGAAUUAUCGAAUAUCAAUAACUAUGUCUGUCUUUGUCUGUCUGUCUGUCUGUCUACUACGACCAACCUACAACCCCAACAACAAUAACAACGACGAUUAUAGCAACAGCAUGCAACAUCUCAUGAUAAAAUAUUUCAAUAAAAUUUCAAUUCACCGCGUCUUAGCCGUGACCAGAGACCUUGUUGUCUAUAACCAUUAUUACCAAGUCCCCGUUACCUGUGGUGUGUUUGUGUGUAUGCUAUUUCUUUCAUCAGUGUCAUAUCCUCCUUUUUGGAUUGCAAACAGGAUUCGAUAAGAGAAUCAAAUCAAAACCAGGAAUAGAAAUAACCCGCCCACCCGCACUUCCGUAAGGGGGGGUAAGGAAAUAUUAGUAGGUAGUAAGUAGGUACCCUUCAUCAGUAAUUAAACCCUCCAAAUUUUAGUCUCGCUUUGGGAGUAUUCCUAUUCCUCUUCCUCAUCCUCCUUUUUGUCACAGCCUAUCUUUCACUAAAGGCUAGCCUGCUCUUGAACUC